AUGUCAGCGUUGUUCAAUUUCCAUUCAUUUCUGACGGUGGUGCUGCUCGUGAUCUGCACUUGCACAUAUCUCAAGAUGCAGUUCCCUGCCAUUCUUGAGCAGAAAACUGGGUUUCGAGGGUUCUUUUGGAAAGCUGCUAGAAUAGGAGAAGUUGAUGUGAACCCGGAAACAUAUCCGCUUGCAGAUUCUCAGAUAACGAUAACUAUUCUCGAUCUAAUUCAACAAGCUGCCAAUAACAUGCAGCUCAAGAAGGGUGCUAAUGAAGCUACGAAGGCACUUAAUCGUGGGAUGGCUGAGUUUGUGGUUUUGGCUGCAGAUGUAGAUCCCUUGGAUAUUCUUCUUCAUCUUCCUUUACUAUCUGAGGAUAAGAAUGUUCCGUAUGUGUUUGUGCGUUCAAAGCAAGCCAUGGGAAGAGCAUGCGGUGUAUCAAGACCUGUUAUUGCUUGUUCUGUCACACCAGUCGAAGGUGGUCAGUUGGAAAAACAAAUCCAGCAUCUCAAGGAUGCUAUUGAGAGGCUUCUUAUCUCAGAAUAACAAUCUUAGAUUUGAUUGCUCGGUAUGAUGGGUUUCCGCAUAUGGGAAAGGCUUUGACUGAAAGUUUUGUUUAUGCAAAUACCAAAUAA